AUGUGCUGCAACAUCACCGGCCUGGUCCUGCUCACCAACGUCUGCGUGGCGGGCGUGCGGGCCGGAUACUCCCACACCGCCAAGCUUCACCAAGACGUCAUCGCCAGGUUCAAUCGACGCAUUCGACCGAUCCUCAACCAGAAGCUGCCCAUCGUCGUCCACUUCCGGUUCUACUUGCUGAACCUGCUCGGUAUCGUCGAGGUCCAGGAAAAGCUGGAGUUCAACGCGUGGGUCAACUUCACGUGGGUCGACGAGAUCCGGGUGUGGGACCCGAGGAACUACUCCGGCAUCGAGAAGAUCCACCCCGAGCCGCUGGACAUCUGGCGGCCGAGGACAUUGGUUUCCAAUUCCGUCAACGCCAGGGACGUUUUCGAGGAUGACUACUCGCCCAUGACCCUGUAUUACAACGGCAUCACCCGCUGGUAUCCCGGCGGCGUGUUCUCGGCUUCCUGCUUCCUGGACAUCACGUACUUUCCCUUCGACGAGCAGUCGUGCUACGUCGAUUUCUUCACCAACGAUUUCGCCGACGAGAUCCACCUGAUCCCCACGAUCCCAUUCGUGCUCAACGAUUCGUUUAUCCCGAACGGCGAAUGGGUCCUCCUGUCGUCCGACAUUAAGGAGCAAGAAAAGCAGGUCGGGGACGAGACGUUCUCCAGCGUCGUCAUCAGGAUGAGCUUUCAGAGGCGGCCGCAUUUCUUCCUCGUCAACGUCAUCGUGCCCAUGGUGCUACUGUCGCUGCUCUCCUCUUUCGUCUUCGUCAUGCCCUCCGACAGCGGUGAGCGGGCGACGUUCUCCAUCACCGUGCUGCUGUCCCUGUCUCUCUUCAUGAGCGUCGUGUCCAACCAGCUUCCCAACAACUCGGACACGUUCCCCAUCAUCAUGUCGUACCUGUUCGCCUUGCUGCUGCACAGCUCGGUCUGCGUGAUGGUCAGUAUAUGCCAGCUGAGG